AUGGAUGCGCAAAACAACCUAUUGGUUAAAUUUGCUGAUGAUAUAACGACAAGUGCUCCAGUAAAAUCAGGAUCGUAUUCUGCUGAGGCUGAGGUGGAAAGCAUUCAGAAUUGGUCGGAAGCAAAUCAAAUGACAUUAAAUCUUUCUAAAACGUGGGAAAUGGUUGUGCACGGUAGGUCUAUGAAACCGUUACCGGCACCGAUUGUAGGCAUUGGACGAAAGAGCUGGUUGAAAUUAUUAGGUGUCACAUUUCAGGAAAAUCCAUGUUGCUGGGAUCUUCAUAUCGAUGAUCUUCUGUCGAAGGCUAGUGGGCGUAUGUACAUAUUGAGAGUGCUAUGGUUACGCUGCAGAUCAGCUAAGCAAAUUAUUCGAUUCGCUAAUCAUGUCACUCUUUUACUAUUGCAUUGAAGUGUGGGGCUCUGCACUCCAAAAGAAAUAUUUGGAUCGUAUGGACAAGUUUUUCCGGCGGGCUUAUCGUUAUGGAUAUACGACAAAUAGUAUUAAGAUACCUGAAGUGAUCGAGGAGAGAGACAGAAAAUUAUUUAGCAAAAUCGUAUCGAAUCCAGAACAUGCAUGCCCUACAUGAAUUGCUUCCUGUGGGUAAACAAAGGAUUUUAAGACAAAGGGAACAUAACUUUAUUUUACUCAAAUUAAAACGGAACGAUUUAAACGAUCCUCAUAAAUAGAUGUCUUUUUAACUAUUUUUAAGUUUCAUAUAAUUAAUUAGGACAGAUCAAUUUUUUAACUGUAAUAAAUAGGAAUUUGACAUUUGUAAAGUUGCACGUCUGUUGUGACUCGAGACAAUAAAGACCUUAAUAAAUAAUAAUAAUAAAAAAAGCAUAUAUAAAAUUGAUAAAAGAACAUUUUAUGAAGCGUCCAAAUGACCAAGGUUGAAUUUUACAUUAAAUUGAAGCUUCUAGAAUGCACAAUAAGAUACCUUCAAACUUCAAAGUAUAUUUUGGAAACUAUUAUAGUUCCAUCAUUAAAACUUAAAAGUACUAAUAUUUUAAUUAUUUUUGCUAUUUUUGCAAAAAAUAAAAAUAAAAUGAUCGUGUUACCAUGACUACCUUGAUGCAAGCCGGCGUUCACUCACCUGUUUGCUAAUUUGAAAUAUUUCAUGUUGUAACAAUUCUUGGGAGAUAAAAUUGUUUGGUUAGAAAGGUGAGGGGUUGCUGCAUGCAUGUAUUUGUAGUUGGCGAGUAUGUUGCGAUUAAGCGCCAAGUCAAUCAUUCACAGUGACUUAUUGAGACGUUGUGCUUUUAGGGCGAGGGGGCUAUACCAAUAUGCAUGACUAAUUAAAAUCGGUCCCCAUCUGACAAACAAGCCCUCAUACAUGUACAUGCCCGAAAUAAAUAUUAAUUCGCACGGAGUUAUAAUUAUAAAGGCCACUGGAACCCCUACUAAGACUUGUAAUUCCUGUUGACCUCCUCUACUAUGAGUAAGGGCCAUAAAAUUGUAUAUGAUUUAUUUGAAAAGUGAAGAUUCUCAUCCCCCUCCCCCAUUCUAAAAUGAAAAUACGUCUUAUUGUUUUAAACAGGCACACCUGUCAAGUUAAUUGUUGGAAUUACAAUGGGCUUGUUCAUCCUGAUCGUGAUCAUACUCACAGUUUUUUUAGUACGCAGAAACAUUAAGAACAGUCCAAAACGAAAUGUAUUGGUUCAAGAAGAUGAACUGGAUACUGCUGUUUAG